UCCUACAAUACAAUCAUCUUCCAAACACACACACACACACACACUAAAGUCAAUUUGAUAAACUUUAAACAUGCUCACCUUUCAUCCAAACCCCAAGCCAUGGCACCCAUAUGCUCCAACCAACAACACACAGACCUUCUCUUCUAUGCCCAAAAUUCUUCCAUCCAAAAUAGAGAACACUUUGAAUGAAGAAGGCAAGCAAACUAAACAGUUCUCCUCAGCUGCAGGAAAAAUCAAACGCCUUGUUCUCACCCAGGAAGGCAGAACAAAACUAAACACCUACCCUGACAGAGAAUUCUAUGCUUAUCCGCGCUUUGUGACCCAUGUUGAUGAUGGCUUUAUAUCCACAUUGACUAAUCUCUACAGAGAAAAGCUAAGCCCUGAGUGGGAAAUUCUUGACCUCAUGAGCUCAUGGGUUAGCCACUUACCUGAGGAAGUAACAUACAAAAGAGUGGUGGGACAUGGUCUAAAUGCACAAGAGCUUGCAAAGAACCCCCGGCUGGACUAUUUCUUUGUGAAAGAUCUGAAUCAGGAUCAACAGCUUGAAUUGGAGAGCUGUAGCUUGGAUGCAGUGAUAUGUACAGUGAGUGUUCAGUAUCUUCAACACCCAGAGAAGGUAUUUGCAGAGGUGUUUCGGGUGCUAAGGCCAGGAGGGAUGUUGAUUGUGAGCUUUAGCAAUCGAUUGUUCUAUGAGAAAGCCAUAAGCACAUGGAGAGAAGGAACUGCUUACAGCAGAGUGCAACUGGUAGUGCAAUACUUCCAAUGUGUGGAAGGAUUCACACAACCAGAAACCAUUAGAAAGUUACCAGCUCCUGCUGGUGCUCGAGAAGACAAAUCACCACUCAGUUGGAUCAUGAGGCUGCUGGGAUUGUUGUCUGGAUCAGAUCCCUUCUAUGCAGUGAUAGCUUACAAGAACUUCAAACCAACAUAUGAAUGAAUAUGAGAUUACCCUCUUUCUAUGGAAGAACAUGGAACUUAAUUUGUGCCUUUAUUCCCAUUUACUUUCCAUUUUUUAUUUUUAU